AUGGAAUGUCCGAAGAUUCGAGCAGGAUCAGCCCAGAAAGCGCCCGUCGCAGUUGCGGCUUUACUCCGACCUCCACCUCCAAUCCUAUCCCGUUUCGAGACCGUCGGUCCCGCACCCCCGUAUUACGGCCUCGGUUUCUACCCCGAAAGCGCAACACAGGACACGGCACCUGUCGCCAUGGCCCCUAUCCCUCCUAAUCCCAACCCUUCAUGGCCCCUCCCAAAAUUCAACCUCACAAUCCAUGAUAUCGACCACGAAGGAGUAGAAGUCUUUCUAAACGCCGUGAGACCUAAAGAUGUCCUGCGUCAAGCGGUGUUAGCGAGCUACCAAUGGUUGUAUACGGAGGAAUGCCCACCUCAACUAAUCCAAGAGCUCCAUUUGAUCCUGCGCGCAAUGCCAGGCGUAGCCCACGCAACGGGCAGCUCAACGCAUAAACAGAUUCACUUCUCGCUCGAUUAUAUCAAGCGUAUACCCAAAGAUAGAGUCGCACACGAAAUCACCGGCGUAUUAAUCCACGAAGCGGUGCAUUGUUUCCAGUUUAAUGCACAAGGGACGUGUCCUGGGGGUUUGGUGGAGGGGAUUGCAGACUUUGUCCGCCUCAAAGCAGACUACGCCCCACCCCACUGGAAACCACACACCACCAACAGAGAAUGGGACGCCGGAUACGACACGACUGCCUACUUCUUGGCAUGGAUUGAAUCACGCUACGGGGAAGGAACCAUCCGCGAAUUGAACCAUUGUAUGAAGGAUAGAAAGUACCACAGGAGAAUGUUUAAAGAGUUGACGGGGAGGCCGGUUAGAAAGCUGUGGGCGUUGUAUUGUGCAAGUAUGAACAGUGGCGGAGGGGAGGGGAAGGAAGGCAAUAGCGAGGACGAAGAUGAAGACGAAUACGACGUCAUCGACAGUCCUCAAGAACCCAUCGUCAAAUCCAACUGA